AUGGUUAGCCAAACUGCAGACAUCGACCAUUGCUCGGAAAGGAAUGCAACCCCAUUUGUACCCUUGGAAAUCUGGGCCACUGUCAUCGGCAGUCUCGUGAACAGCACCGACUUUCCAGAAGCAUGGAAGAACUGCCGCCAAGUCUCCCGCGCCUUCAAAGCGGCGACAGAGUACGCCUUCCAGAGUGAAGGUCUGCCGAUGAUCGAAACUAGCCUCUCCCUCCUCGGCUGCUGGGCGCGUGGAAAAUCAACGAUGGAACUCCUCCCUUUCAGUGGAUUCUCCGAAAACGGCGAGCGUGUUCAUUUCGGAGGGUACUAUGAGGGCCCGGCGCCGCUAGCGAAGAACUGGGCUGCAUUUGGUCCAGAUCAUUGUUGCUUUCCGCCGAGCAGAAAGAUCUCAGUGGAAUAUUCUAUUUCUGACGACGGUUUUCGUCACCCGCCAGUCCUGAUGGAGUGGGCCUCGAAACUUCACUUGUCGUUCUGCUGCGGGAUUUUGAGCCAACACCAAUGGACGGAGGAAGAGCGCAGGCAACUACGUCGAGCGUGGAUCGGUAGUGGUCUCGGCCCGUCCAUGGCGAUGGAGAUCGACCACUGGACGCGCGGAGUCUCCUUUCUCUGGAAGCCGAUGUUGAAAAAAUUCGUCAAGAAUAUGGACAGGGGCUUGAAGUGCUCGAGAGAUGCCUCAGUCGGGAGGACAAGUCGACAGCACACUGGUGGCUUCACGAAUGUGUUUGCAAUCAUUGUGGUCCUCGGCGUGUUCAUGCACUCCCAAGGCUUCCUAUUUCUAUCUAUCACCGAGCCGGGGACACUGGUAGCCAAUGACAUCAUUUGCUUGGUCGUCGCCGUUGGUCGCGGAGGCGCCUUGUGAUUGGUGCCACUUUAUCCUAGGUCGGCCCUUUCUCCAGCUUCUGAAGUAGAAGGUCUCCAGUGUGAGGAUAUAAGGGUAUUAGGGGGUAUUGCUAGGCAUUGGGCUUCGUGAGGCUGGGAAGAUCUACAGCUGACAUUCUUCACGGUCC